AUGCCUACUCUCGACGUUCUCAUCAUUGGCGGCGGGCCAGCUGGUCUCGCUGUCGCAACAGGUCUCGCACGUCAACUCUACACGGCUGUCGUGUUUGACUCUGGCGUCUACCGCAAUGCUCGCACCAAGCACAUGCACAACGUGCCCACCUGGGAUCAUCGCGAUCCCGCCGACUUCCGCGCAAAGGGCCGCUCAGAUAUUCUGGCGCGCUACGAAACAAUCCAGUUCGAGGAGACUAAGAUCGAGUCGGUUCGUCGCACCGAAGCUGGACGCUUUGAGGCGACAGAUGCGAAAGGGACGACAUGGACAGGAAAGAAGCUCGUCUUGGCGUCUGGAAUGACUGAUAUCUAUCCUGACAUUCCCGGCUAUGAUGACGUCUGGGGUCGCGGAGUAUACCAUUGCUUGUUCUGCGACGGAUUCGAGGACCGCAACUCUGCCUCCGCUGGCGUAUUGGCAAUCGGCGACAUUGCCAAGCUCCCACCGGCUCUGCAUCUGUCGCGCAUGGCCAAACGUCUUGCGAAGAAAGUCGUCCUCUACACCGAUGGAUCUUCUGAGCUUCAACAGCAGGUCGCCAUGGCACUGGGGAGCGACUCUGUGAUCUCAGUCGACAACCGCCGUGUAACUCGGCUGGAAAAGGUCAAGGAGGACUCGUCUGAGACUAUCGUGCAUCUGGAUGACGGAUCUAGUGUUUCGCAUGGCUUUGUUGUUCACAAGCCCAAAUGCAAAGUCAGCGGUCCCUUCGUCGAGCAACUCUCGCUAGAAAUGACUGAGAUGGGCGUCAUCAAGACCAACCAGCCAUUCUACGAAACAAGUGUUCCCGGUGUAUUCGCCAUCGGAGACUGCGCUGCGCCUAUGCCUGCCGUGACUAGUGCAGUCGCCAUGGGUUCUUUUGCGGCAGGUGGGCUAGUUGGUCAGUUGGGAGCUGAGCCGACUGAGGAGGAUUCGGCGCCAUGA